AUGAAACGAGCUCACGAAGUCCCUGAUAGCAGCAAGGUCUUCGGGCCGCAGCUCCUAUCAAUGUAUGACGGUGAAACAACUGGAGAAGUGUAUGUGGCAUUGAAAGGGAUCGUUUAUGAUGUGACACACCGACGAGACCUCUACGGCCCCGGUGGUAGAUACCACCUAUUUGCGGGGAAAGAUGUCACGAGAGCUUUCGCUCUGAUGAGUUUUAAACCUGAAGACAUCGAAAACUCGAGGAGUACUGAGGGGUUUGAAGAUGCUAACUGGCAGGCACUACAGGAAUGGGUUGACAAGUAUGAGAGGUACGACAAAGUGGGAGUACUCCUCUAUCCUGACGAAAGAAACUCGGAAGGGUCACUUGACCAAAUCGCCGGAGUUUCCACAGAAACCCAAUGUGACGUAGAUGCAGAAGACUCAGCAGAAACGAUUGGGACGGCUCAACCAGUGCUCUCUGGUACUGUUCGGAAAACGUUGAAAAUCCACAGGCGGAAAGUGGGGCACGUUGAGACCUCGGCGGCUGAGAACGCGCGGAGAGCCUUGCAAGAGACAGGUAUUUCGGAGGGAGGGAUGCUGUGGCCAGGCAGCGAAGCUAAGGACUCUGGAAAUGAGUGAACAGAUAUUUUCAUGUGAUCUUUGAGCCAUCCAUUUUUACUGAUCGCCCACUUACAGUGGUAUUGCGUCAGAGGCUGCAUCGAAGCUGCCUUCCGGUUGGUAGUGCGUAUUUGGUAGGGAUUUGCAUCUUCAUAGCAGCCUUCAGAAGGCCAGACAUGCCACAAGUAUUACUGCUUUGCCCGAGUCUGCCAAUUUCAAAAUAGCGCGUGACGCUACAAGCUUA